AUGGCAUCUAGCCUUACCCAGGAUAAUCACAAGCUGUACAAACAAAAACUUGAGGAGCUAACCAAGCUGCAGGAUGGGAUCUCCAGCUCCAUCGCACGGCAGAAGAAGCGGCUGAAGGAGCUGUCAUUGUCCCUCAAAAAAUGCAAAGCCCACGUGAGUCCCGAAGAGGAGUCGUCCAUCCAAGAGACCCAGAACCUAAUAAAAGAGAGGCAGAAUGUUUUCUUUGAGAUGGAGGCCUAUCUACCAAAGAAGAACGGGUUGUACCUGAGUCUGGUGCUCGGGAACGUGAACGUCACGCUGCUCAGCAAGCAGGCCAAGUUUGCAUAUAAAGAUGAGUAUGAGAAGUUCAAGCUCUACCUCACCAUCAUCUUACUCAUCGUGUCCUUCUCCUGUCGGUUCCUUCUCAACUCCAGGGUGACAGAUGCCGUCUUUAACUUCCUCCUGGUGUGGUACUACUGCACCCUCACCAUCCGGGAGAGCAUCUUGAUCAACAAUGGAUCCAAAAUCAAAGGCUGGUGGGUUUUCCAUCACUACGUCUCUACCUUCCUCUCAGGUGUCAUGCUGACAUGGCCAGACGGGCUCAUGUACCAGAUGUUCAGGAACCAGUUCCUCUCCUUCUCCAUGUACCAGAGCUUUGUACAGUUCCUCCAGUACUACUAUCAGAGCGGGUGCUUGUAUCGGCUCCGAGCGCUGGGCGAGAGGCACAACAUGGAUCUGACUGUGGAGGGCUUCCAGUCCUGGAUGUGGAGAGGCCUCACGUUCCUGCUUCCCUUCCUUUUCUUUGGGCAGUUCUGGCAACUCUACAAUGCCGUCACCCUCUUCCGCAUGAUCCAGCACCCAGAGUGCAAGGAGUGGCAGGUCCUCAUGUGUGGCCUCCCCUUCUUCAUCCUCUUCCUGGGGAACUUCUUCACCACCCUCCGCGUCGUCCACCAGAAGUUGCAGAACAAGAACAAAGACACGAAGCGGAACUGAAGGGGGGCAGCGUGGGGGCCAGGACUGUUUCUCCCCACCAGCUCCAUCUCUCAUCCCCAUAUCCUCGAUGCCGUCCGGACUCUGGUGUCUCACCCCAUUCCUUGGAAGCCUGUGACAGAGCUUGUCCCAGAAGCUCUGGGACAGAGCUUGGGGCCUGCUCGCAAACAGACUGCGUGUUCACUG